AUGAGUGAGUUUCUUCGAUGGCAGCCUGCCUUCCCUCAACGAACCGCCCGAAGAUUAUGGACACAGGGUCUUAACGCUUUCCGGCCAGGCGGAUGUUUAUGCUCACGAAUUACCCCACUUCUCCGCAUGUCAACAACUAACUACCUACCUCAAGUGAACGAGUUUGACAUAAGUUUAGCCUUAGGAUUCGACCGCGAGAAGUCCUAUCGUCAGUCAUCUAUUUGGUUUGAACUUUUGAUGCAGAGCAAAGAGCAGAUGGAGCUUCGCUUCCACACCGCAAGUGCACCAAUGAAACUAGCCCAACACCCAACAACCAAUGGCUUCUCCAAUUUGCUGGCCCCAACCAAUGGUUUGAUGAACUCUGUGCUGCAGGGUAUUAACUACCUGGAGCUAGUCUCAAGCGGGCGAUGGCAGCCUGCACCCUGGACAGUUGUAAUAGAACUCGAUGGACUGACUUGUGGCGUGGAAGCCGCCAGGUGGAAAAGGAAAGCCGUAGAACCCCGUCUCAAACGCGAACAGCUUUAG